AGCGAUGCCGGGAAGAAAAAAACCCCAUCAUCAUCACCGGAAUGGUGGCCACAGGACAUCAGCCAACAACAACAACAACAACAACAGUCGACAGAAGGACCAGCAAAGGCAGCCCAAGGAGGAGAGUCCUUCACCGGAGCAGGCUCUACCCUAUCGCAUUGAAAAAUCCGAAAUAUAUGGAAGAUAUCUGGUGGCCAGCCGGCAGCUAGAACCCGGUGAGCUGCUCAUCACCGAGGAGCCUCUGGCCAUUGGUCCCUGUGUGAGUGGUGAUCCCGUCUGUCUGGGUUGCUAUCAACCGGUGUCUCUGGCCUCGGAUCAAUAUCGUUGUCCCGCCUGUGCCUGGCCAAUGUGUGGCCCCAGUUGCUCCGGUUUGGGUCAUCGACAUGGACACACGGCCGCCGAGUGUCAGUUGUAUGGAGAGCGUAAAGCGGCGGCAGGGGAACUGCUCACGGAUCGAGCCGGUCCGGCGGAAGUGCGUGAUCUUUACGAACUGGUAAUGAUUGUGCGCAUCCUGCUGCUGCGCCAGCACGAACCGGAGCAGUUCCAGCUGAUAGCCCGGAUGGAGUCGCACACGGAGGAGCGGCGCAAGAAUGCUGUGCUGUGGCAACACUACGAGGAGAAGGUGGUUAAGCGACUGCAUCGGGACUGGCAGCUGGAGGAUUUGCCCGAGGAGCAGGUGCACGAGGUGUGCGGCAUUCUGGAUGUGAAUUGUUUUGAGAUCGGCCAGAAUGGGUCCAAGGCGCGGACGCUAUAUCCGAGCGCCUUCCUGCUCGCGCACGACUGUCGUCCCAAUACGGCGCACACGGAUGAUCCAGGAUCCUACGCCAUCCUGCUGAGGACCUCGAGGCGCGUGCGCGAGCGGGAAGCGCUGACGCUCAGCUAUGCGUACACGCUGCAGGGCACGCUCAAGCGAAGGUCCUUCAUGCACGAGGGGAAGCUGUUCUGGUGCCGGUGUGAGCGUUGUGCCGAUCCCCGGGAGCUGGGCAGUGAUUGCAGUGCUCUCGUGUGCUCUGCCUGCCGGGAGGGAACAGUGAGGGCGUUGGAGCCACUGGAGCAAACCGGUGACUGGGGGUGCGAUCACUGCCCGCAUCGGCUGGGCUCUGAGGAUCUGGAGCGUCUACUGGAUCGCAUCAACAAUGAUCUGGAGUCCAUAGAUGUCCAUGACAUUCCUGGACUGGAGAGAUUCCUCCUCAGAUAUCGAAAUGUCCUGCGACCCAAUCACUAUCUCCUCCUGUCGGCCAAGUAUUCACUGUGCCAGAUAUAUGGCCGGAUCGAGGGUUAUUUGCUGCCGGAAAUGUCGCCAGAGGAUAUAGCCCGCAAGGAGACAUAUUGCCGAGAGUUCCUCGAAAUUGUUGAUAUCCUGGAUCCUGGUCUGACGCGCCUAAGAGGACUCAUCAUGUACGAGCUGCAUGCCCCUGUGAUGGUCCUGGCCCAAAUGGGCAUGCAGAGGGGGCAGAUCUCACGUCAGGACUUCCAGCGCCGUCUCAAAGAGGUGGUGAAGCUGCUCCAAACCAGCCGGGAUAUCCUGUGCCUGGAGCCAGAGGGAUCCACGGAACACGCCAUGGGAAUGGCAGCAGCCGAUGCACUCAUUAAAAUGGGUUGCUAGCCAAAGGAAUGGUCAAUCAAAGCUCUUA